UGUUAAAGAAAAAAAAGACGAAAAGCCAAGAAAGCACAUAAACCCUCGUCGGGAAAAAAAUGGCGGCACAGCAAUCUGUCCACGCAGAGAUCAUCGACCUCGCCGGAGACAACAACGACGGCGAUGACGCCGACAGCGCCGACUUCCUCUUCUCUAUGACCCCUCUCUCCGUCAGAGGCUCCACCAAGCGAGACGCCAUCUCCGUGGAGCACUACGCCGACGAUCGCGACCUCCAACUCGCGAUCCUUGCUUCUCUCCCCAAAAUCAAGCGAUCCAAACCCCAGCGAGAUCUUAAUUUCGUCAUCGAUCUCGAACGGGAUGACAUUGGCAGCGGAUACGACGACGACGACGAUCUCAGAGUCCUUUACUUCACUCCGACCCGUAAAACCCUAGAAACAGGGCAGUCUUCCCGAUCGCCACCACAACCGCAAUCGCAGUCUCAAUCAUUGUUCGUGUGCGACAUCUGCGUGGAGUCGAGACCCGGAAACGAAUCGUUUCGAAUAAAAGGAUGCUCUCACUCCUACUGCGACGAUUGCAUCUCCAAAUACGUAGCGUCGAAGCUUCAGAACAACAUCCUCACCGUCUCUUGCCCUGUCUCCGGCUGCUCCGGAAACUUAGAGCCCGAGCUUUGCCGCCGGAUUCUUCCCAAAGAGGUGUUUGAUCGAUGGGGAGACGCGCUAUGCGAGGCCGUGAUUCUGGGUUCCAAGAGAUUCUACUGCCCUUACAAAGACUGUUCCGCGUUGCUCGUUGUGGACAACGACAACGGGGUUGUCAGAGAAUCUGAGUGUCCGCACUGCAACAGGUUGGUCUGCGUUGCUUGUGGGGUGAAGUGGCAUUCGGAGAUUACGUGUGAGGAAUUCCAGGAACUGGGUGAGGAUGAGAGAGAAAGAGAGGAUGUGAUGUUGAAGAAGCUUGCAGAGAAGAACAAGUGGAAAAGAUGUCCAAAGUGCAAGUUCUACAUUGAGAAAUCUCAGGGAUGCUUGUACAUGAUGUGCAGGUGUGGAUUGGCUUUCUGCUACAAUUGUGGAUCACCUUCGCAAGACAAUUCUCACUACUGUCACAAGUGUAAGCAUUGAUAUCAACAAUAGGGCUCAUACGAGCAAACCCUUCUUCUCGGAGGCAUUUUCUUUUUUCGUUUUAGCAGGAAAACCAAAGGAUGGUCUCAACAGAUCUUUUGGGUAAUCGCAAGUUAGAAUGCAAGUUCAUAUGGUUUUGUCUUUAAAUCAAAUGCUUUAGGACAGGAUACAGAUUUCUGAGUUCAAAAGAUUUUGAACCUCUUGGACCAUAUACAUAAUCUUUUUUUUUUUCA